CACACAGCGCUCUCUCUCCACGUCCCGUCCGUGAGCAGCGAGCUGGCCACGGCGCACAUUUCCCCUCUGCUCGCCUCGGAUCUUUUUUCUCCUCUCAGCUCGGCCGUGAUUUCAGAGCGGGACACGUAUCGGAGCGGUAAAGUGUGCGCGCCGGUGCGUAAUCGCCCUCAAAGCUCUUCGCGGUUACGCUGCGCCUCUGUGCCAAUGGAUUGAUCAGAGUAUUUUCUCCGAUUCGUGCCUCGACCAAGUUGAGAAAACAGUCCGUGUAACCUGCGGCUCUUCUGGAGCUGCAUGUCUCCCCCGGUCUGUUCCAAAGUGCCUGUUUCCGGAGGAUUGUAGGAUCGUGAACUUUUUUUCGUUUGUUCGUUUACGGGAGGCGUCCUGGGAUUGUACGGAUUUCUAUAUUUGAGCUUCUCCUGGAUUUCCCGAAACCUGCAAAGAUUUCUUGGUGAAAAGUGAUGGCCGAGCGGGGAGCUCUGUGGCUCCUCUGUCUCCUCUGUCUCACCUUUCUGCUCUCGGAGUGCGCCACGGCCAAGCAUGUCGACAAAGGUUCCCCCGCCCAGCCCUUCACCCCUUUCUGGUUCACGGUGGAGCCCCAGGACGUGGUAGCCACUCGGGGCAGCCCCGCUCUGCUCAACUGCUCGGCUCACAGCGGAGCAGCCUCAUCCCCUGUCAGGAUAGAAUGGAAGAAGGACGGCACCUUCCUCAGCCCCGCAGCCGACGACAGGCGACAGGUGCUCCCCGACGGCUCCCUGCUCUUCACCCACGUGGUCCACUCCAAGCACAACAAGCCGGAUGAGGGGAUGUACCAGUGCGUGGCCACUAUGGACAGCCUGGGCUCCAUCUCCAGCCGCACCGCACGGCUCUCUGUAGCAGGAAUGCCAAGGUUCACGAGCCAGCCGUCAGCCACCAGUGUGCGCGCUGGGGACAAUGCGGUGAUGAACUGCGAGGUGAACUCUGACCUCGUGCCCUUUAGCCGCUGGGAGAAGGACCGACAACCACUGGAGCUCGGCAUUAGACUGGUGCAACUGACCUCUGGAGCCCUGUCCAUCAGUAACGCCUCGGAGUCUGACGCAGGGCUGUACCGCUGUGUGGUGGAGAGCGGAGGAGCAGCCAAGGCCAGUGACGAAGCCCAGCUCACAGUGCAGACAGAGAGUGGAGAGGAGCGGCCCCCAGAGUUCUUACAGCAGCCCUCGUCGGUAACCAAAGCUGUGGGCUCCAGUGUGCUUCUGCCCUGUGUGGUGAGCGGCUACCCGGCCCCCUCGCUGCGCUGGACCUUUGGGGACAAGCCAGUGGAAGAGAGUGAUGGUCGUGUGGAGGUGCUGGCGGGAGGAGUUCUGCAGAUCUCUAACCUGACGGAGGAGGAUGCAGGAGUCUACACCUGUACAGCAGAGAGCGGGAACGCCUCUAUACAGGCCCAGGCUCAGCUCACUGUGCAAGUUCCUCCGCAGUUUGUGAAGAGGCCUUCCAACACGUACGCUCACGAGUCCAUGGACAUCGUCUUCGAGUGCGAGGUGAGCGGUUCGCCGUCUCCUACCGUCAAAUGGGUGAAGAACGGAGACGCGGUUAUCCCCAGUGACUACUUCAAGAUCGUGAAGGAGCACAACCUGCAGGUGCUCGGCCUGGUCAAGUCAGACGAGGGCUUCUACCAGUGUUUGGCGGAGAACGACGCGGGGAACAUCCAAUCCAGCGCUCAGCUCGUCAUCCUGGAUCAUGACGUAGCCCUGCCCUCUGGUCCCUCCCCCUCACUGACUCCUAACACUACUGACCAUGUAACGCCAGGCUCGGGAGGCGUGGCCGACUCCGCAGGCCCCACCCCUUCUGCGCCACGGGACUUGGUGGCGUCCCUGGUGUCCACCCGCUUCGUCAAGCUCACCUGGCGCCCUCCGGUGGAGCCCCAUGGAGAGGAGCUCAUGUACUCGGUGUUCUACAGCCCAGAAGGAACCAGCAGGGAGCGAGUGGUGAACUGCAGUCGUCCCGGGGAGCUGCAGGUGACCAUCCAGAGCCUCCUGCCUGACACAAAGUACCGCUUCAGGGUGGUGGGCCACAACCUGCAUGGGCCCGGGGAGAGUAGCGCCCCACUCAAGGUGGCCACCCAGGCUGAAGUCCAAGUGCCCGGCCCUGCUCCAAACCUCCAGGCUGUGUCCAGCUCCCCCUCCUCUGUGACUCUGAGCUGGGACAAGCCCCUCACCGGGAACGGAGACAUCCUCAACUACAGGAUCUACUACAGCGACAGCAGCAGUGGCACCGAGCAGGACAUAGACGUGGAUGGACAGUCCCACACUCUAACUGGUCUGAAGAAGUUCACCGAGUACAGUUUCAGAGUGGUGGCCAACAACAAACACGGGUCGGGCGUGUCCACGGAGGAUGUGACUGUGAGAACCUUGUCGGAUGUUCCCAGUGCUCCUCCUCAGAACCUGACGCUGGAGGUGCAGAACUCUAAGAGCAUCAUGAUGCGCUGGCAGCCUCCUCCAGCCCAGGCUCAGAAUGGAGAGAUCACAGGCUACAAGAUCCGCUACAAGAAAGGCUCUCGGAGGAGUGAGACUGCUGACAUCACUGCAGGCACCCAGCUCUACAAACUCAUUGACACUUUGGAGCGCGGGACGGAGUAUUCUUUCAGAGUGUCGGCCAUGACUGUGAAUGGGACCGGACCCGCGACGGAGUGGACCACAGCUGAGACGUUUGACAGCGACCUGGAUGAGUCCCGUGUGCCGGACAUGCCCAGCUCUCUGCACGUGCGCCCCCUAGUGAACAGCAUCGUGGUGAGCUGGACGCCUCCGGAGAACCAGGACAUUGUUGUGCGUGGUUACACCAUCGGCUAUGGCAUCGGCAGCCCCCACGCCCAGACCAUCAAGGUGGACUACAAGCAGAGAUACUACACCAUCGAGAACCUGGACCCAAGCUCGCACUACGUCAUCACCCUGAAGGCCUUUAACAAUGUGGGAGAGGGGAUCCCCGUGUACGAGAGCGCCAUCACAAGGCCACAGUCAGUGCCCGACCCCUCCCCCAUGAUGCCGCCCGUGGGUGUGCAGGCCACCGUCAUGAGCCACGACACCAUCAAGGUGAGCUGGGCCGACAACUCGCUGCCCAAGAACCAGAAGAUCACCGACAACCGCUUCUACACUGUGAGAUGGAAGACCAAUAUCCCGGCCAACACCAAGGUCAAGAAUUCUAACACGAGCAGCCUGAACCACAUCGUGACCGGACUGAAGCCGAAUACUCUGUACGAGUUCUCUGUCAUGGUGACCAAAGGCCGCCGCAUGAGCACGUGGAGCAUGACCGCACAGGGGACCACCUUUGAGACCAUCCCCAGCUCCUCCCCCAAAGACGUGACUGUGGUGAGCAAAGAGAACAAGCCCAGGACCAUCAUCGUGAACUGGCAGCCUCCAUCUGAGGCCAAUGGCAAGAUCACAGGUUACAUCAUCUACUACAGCACAGACGUGAACGCGGAGGUGCACGACUGGGUGAUCGAGCCCGUGGUGGGGAACCGGCUCACCCACCAGAUCCAGGAGCUCACCCUGGACACCACCUACUACUUCAAGAUCCAGGCACGCAACUCCAAAGGGAUGGGCCCCAUGUCGGAAGCCGUGCACUUCAGGACUCCCAAAUCUUUAAACCCACCAGUCAAGUCAGGACCAGGAGGCGGUUUGAUCUACCCAGAUUCUACGUUAGGAGUCCCCAGUAAUGAGAACCAUCUGCUGGUCAUCGUCAUCAUCUCUGUGGGAGCCUUCACCAUCAUCGUGGUCAUCGUCGGAGCCUUUCUGUGCACGCGCCGCACCUCCUCGCACCACAAAAAAAAACGUGCUGCCUCCAAGUCGUCCAACGGCUCUCACAAGUACAAGGGGAACUCCAAGGACCUGAAGCCUCCGGACCUGUGGAUCCACCAUGAGCGGCUGGAGCUCAAGCCCAUGGACAAGUCCCCAGAUCCCAACCCCGUGAUGACAGAGACGCCCAUACCCCGCUCCUCCCAGGACAUCACCCCUGCAGACAGCGGCCUGGAGAGCAGCCACCUGCAGCAGAGACGCAACUCCUACAGAGGGCACGAGUCAGAGGAUGGCAUGUCCACACUAGGAGGCCGCCGCGGGAUGAGGCCUAAAAUGAUGAUGCCAUUUGAUGCCCAGCCGCCCCAGCCGGUCAUUAGUGCCCAUCCCAUCCACUCUCUGGACUCCCAUCAGCACCACUAUCACAUGGGCAGCCUGGCAUCACCCACCCGCACCUACCUGUACCACCACCAGGCCAGCGGCGGGCGCUCUCACUGUGCCACCCCCAGCUCCCAUCUAGACAGGGUGGAGUCUGCAGAGUCUGUGAGGAACACCCCAUGCUCAGAGCCCCCUCCCCCUGCCUCCUCUCAGCUCUCCUGCCCCUCGGAGAUCAUGGUGGACCCAGAGGGCAGUUACCACGGCUCCAGUACCACGGAGGAGGAGGGCAGUUACAGCAGCAGCCUACCCCCACUGCGCCCGGUCCACCCUCAUGCCCUCGCGCACCCGCUCAAGAGCUUCGCCGUGCCCGCCUUGCCCCCCGGAGCCCACCCCGCUUACGAGAAUCCCGCACUGCCCAGUACACCCCUGCUCGCUCAGAGUGGUAUGGAAAACUGCACAAUGCUAUACUGUCCCCCCUCCCACCCACACGUGGUGAAAACAGCCUCCAUCGGGACUCUGGGCAGGACGCGAACUCCCAUGAUCGUCAAUGUCCCCAACGCUCCGCCAGACGUCCCCGAGACCAGCAAGAUGCUGGAGGACGUGGACAGUGUCCUGGCCUCCCUGCCGCCCUGCCCCUCCCCCGCCUCGCGCAGUAACGCCCCUCCCCCUCAUGUGCCUCUCCCGCAGAGCUACGAACCGGACGAGCUGACCGAAGAGAUGGCGCACCUGGAGGGUCUGAUGAAGGACCUCAACGCCAUCACCACAGCACCCUAGGGACCCCCUCCCACCAAACCACCAACCCACCCAGCACUCAUACCUGUGCCCCCAUUCCCUUACUCCCCCUCCCGAACAAACAACAAUCUAUGCCAUUCACACAUCCAUUCAGGACAACGAAAAAAAAUUAAACUGCAAAACUGUGGACACAAAAUGGCGUCUUGUGCCCGAAAAGCAUUCACGGCCCCCAGCAAGAGACUUCUACUUUAUUCUCCAAGUACCUUUCUCAGGACGGAUGUUGCCAAGAGAGGGAAGGGAAAACAAAGCGAUAAUAAUGGCGUUGAUGUUGUCGUUGGAACUGAACUUUUGACAUUGUUCGAGAAGAUUGUGAACUUUAAUUUUUUUGUUUUUUCUUCAGCAAAAAUGGGACAAAACAGUUGGCGUAAUGUUCGUUCGGCCUUGUGUUCCCUUUGUGCCGGCUCCACAACAGUUCUCCUUUCGAUGUUUUUACCAGUUAUCGAGCCAUGACUUUUAAAGAGCCUAUAUUACGCCAUUUCUGAUCUGUGUUAUAAUGUUGUUUCUUCAUCAAAAAAACACCUGGAGGUUUGUUUUGUUUCAUUCACAGUUUUCACACACAAAAUGUUUAGGCUGAGUUCAUGGAAAACUCUGUUUCACUUGUCAUGUGGUAAUACAGGAAGCGUUCCGGUGUGUUUUUAAAUGCCAUACAUCUUCAUUAGAAUUACAUGGAUCAUUUCAGCCCUGGAAUUGUCAAUCUCUACUAAACUAAAGAUAAAAGGUAGCUUAACUUGAAAACUACCACUAUGUCACAUCACAAGGUGGAACAGAGCAUUUUGAGCUUUGGAGAUCUAGACGGACUAAUAAUAAAGGAUAACUCAAACAUGUGUGAAUGAAACAAAACACAACACUUGGUAUGUUUUUGAUGAGGUAACAACAUUGUAACAUGGUUUAAAGCUCACAAUUUUGUGUAAUAUAGGACCUUUAAUUCCUUUUCUAUGUUAUUGUAUUAUUUUUACACGCAUAUCCGUAUAAACAUGUACAUAUUUUUAUUUUUUUUUAUUUUUUGUCGUUCAAACUGCCUCAUUCUUGUAUCGUUUCCCAUUGCUGUUAUGUGUAAAGAGAGUGGGAACGCAUCCAGAAGUUUACUCAAAAUAGAAUUGUACACAAAAUGCUGGUAUGAAAGUAAGAAUGUUUUUAAAAAUGUUUUUGUCAGAUGAUUUCUGUCCUAGAUCUGUUAUGAAAAGGGAUGGACUACACAACAAUAUAAAAUCAAAUUGUUCUAAAUUUAUAGAUAAAUUAUAUAUGAAAUUGAAAUUGUGACGUUUUCAAUCUUUUUUAACAAAAAAACCCAAAUUGGAAUCAAUGGAAAUUAAUGUUCUAAGUUUCGUAAAUCUUUAGUCAAAUAUUUUCCUAACUAAAUCAUUACUGUUCCUUUUUGUUAAGGGUUGCUAUGGUGGAUCAGUUGCGCCGGGAAUUGCCAUAUUUUUAUGUCAGAUGCUCUUCCGGUUACAACCAGCCAUAUUACUGUAACUGAAGAGGCAAAUGUCGGUGAAGCCUAAAAUCCCUGGGAUACAAAGAACAUGCAAAUCAGUUACUACCUUCUGGUUUAUGGGCAAUUGCUUAACCCACUACACCACCAUUCGUUAAACUAUUAUGACAUAUUUGAAAACAUUCUUACUUUACUGCAUUGUUUAUCUGUCUAAAACUUGUACGCAUUGCUGUACCCUCUGAUGUAUAUUUUUAUAUGCUGUUCAUUUUGACAAUUGAAUGCAAGAAUCCUGAAAGAGGCCAUCUCCUGGUUACCAAAUAGAAAGUAAACAAUUAGACAUUUUAAAUAAGUUUUUAAUGUACUUUUACUUUAUCAAAAACAAACUUAUCCCGCUGUACUCUGCUUACAAAAAAGGGAAAUUUGUCUGGGAGUUAUAAUUUAUUUUUUGCCAUAUUACACUUUUCUUGAUAACCAGGAAAUGGCGUUGUUCUCAUGUUGUUUUUUGUAUGACAGAAUCUAUAGGUUGCGCUCAUGUGGUCGAAUUUUUGUUAACAUUUCAAAUGGAGAACGAUUCAGUUGUAUUUUUUUCUAAUAUCUUAUGUUAUAUUCCUGAAAAUUCCCAGUUUCAAUGUGUCCACAAAUUCCAGAUAUCCAUUUCGUGUUGUGGCUUAAAGUCCUAUUUGACAACUGAAAACAAUGCCAAUUUUUUUAUUAAUAUUUGAUUGUAUUUGUCAUUUGUGCUGAAUUAAAGAUGCACUGUGUAACUGUUCUAGAAGGAGAUCCACCACUUACUUGUCUCCAUGGAUGUUAUUGCUUUGCCUGGAAUGUUCCACAGUAUGGCAUUAAACGUGUCUACCUUGCAUUCAUUCAAUAACAGAUGUUUUUCUGUUAUAAAAUCUUUGUAAACCGCACUGUGGCUUCUCAAAAGAUCUGACAUGUAACUUGACCUUGUAGCGUCACUGAGUUUAGAGAUGAGUUUAAAAAGAGCGCAUUAUGCAAAGGGUUUUUUUCUACUAUGUUAUGACGUUGCUCCCUCGUUAAAAACAUGCCUGACGAAGUUAUAGAUGUAAUCCAUGCAUGUUUCAGUAAUCUAGUGAUCUCUCCCAGGCUCUAUUCGAACCAUCCGUACAGUUAGCUAUAAGAUUCCACAAGGCUAAAAGUAGAAAAGCAGGAUAAAAAACAGUACACAACAACUUCACAAACCUGAUGCGAUGUGCAGUAGUUUCAUUAGCAGGAUGCACACUGAUUGUAUUGUGAUAGUGUUCUGAAGGGGGAGUCACUUAGCGCAGGGGGCAAAGGGAAGGGGGCACUCCAAGUGACCAAAAACUAAAUGGAAACUUAUUAAACAUGUUAAUACAUUGUUUUCGGCAAAUAUACAAUUUUCACAUUAAAAGGUAACAUGGUGACCUACACAUGGUAUGGAUUUGCGUAAGUGUAAUACCCCCAUAGAAAUUUAAUGUUCCCUCUUCCUCUUUAAUGACAUACUGUGUGACAUUUCAGGCAAUAACAUCAGCAUGGAGGUAAGGUUUUACCGGGAAAAGUUACAUAAUGCAACUUUAAACUGUAUUUUUUAAUUGUUUGUUUACCUCCAGUACAGUAGUAUUCUCAGCUGCCCUGCAUUCGUAUUGAACUUCUAAGGUGUUAUAGGAUCAAAUGAACGCAACCUAUUGGCAAAUGUAUUGAAAGCAUAGAUCCCCCCUCUCCUCGCUGUACGUUGCCCAGUUUAAAUAAUGUUGUGUUUAUUGUAGAAGCCUUACCCACUGUCUCCGGAUCACUCGGGCUGACCCCCACCCCACUCUCCACUCCCCCCUCCUCCUGCUAUCCGGUCAGCACCAUCCCGAGUCCCGUGCAGGUGCUCCUCUGGUUUCUACACUAUACAGACUGGCACACGCUGGCCUUUUGAAUGAACCGUCACCCAGAUUUUCUACCUGGCGUUUUUUUGUAUGAAGAAUAAAGCUGUUCCACACAUUUCGGAUGUAAAAAGCAAACGGUGUCCAUGCGAGAAAUGGAAAUGUUUUUCAUUCUGGACGUCCCAAAGAGCAUUGUCCUUCACAGUCCCGGUUGGUGCCUCCGGUCCAUCUCCGUGAACGUGGGCAGACAGGACGGUGGACUCCACCAAAAUCCAUCGAGUUGUAAACAGUUGAAUCUGUAUUGCACUUUUUCACACUUUUUGACGAGUACAUUUCUUACAUAUGUUGUGUUUGAGGCUGUUGUGUAUGGUAGUGUCUAGGUAAGCAGCGGGCAGCAGAGGGCAUGGGGGAGUUCUGUUGUUGCUUGUUCUUGUACAGAGCUUUCUUUGCUUUCUGUAGAAACAAAUCUGUGGCUUUUUAAAAAACGACAAAAUGUUUAAGAAAAAAUGAUGUUUUUUAUUGGUGCUCCUAUACAUUGUGUAUACAAACUAUUAUGAAUACUAACAAAGUAAA